AUGGUUGUUCACGCUCCAAAGGUGGGAGACCACAUCUCCACUCUCGACACGCCUUCCAUGAUUGUUGAUUUAGAUGUCAUGGAGGCAAAUAUUGCAAAGCUUUUCAAACAAUUACUCCCGACCGGCAUAAACAUUCGCCCACACUCCAAAACCACAAAAUCUGCCAUCCUUGCUCAAAAACUCGUCGAUGCCGGAGCCAAGGGUGGAUGCGUCGCCAAACUCAGCGAGGCUGAGGUCAUGUGCAAGAGGGGGUUUACAGAUCUGUUGAUCACGUGCGAAAUCAUCGGUGCGCCCAAGGUUCAGCGCUUGCUCGAGUUAUUUCGCAAUUACAAGAGCAUUAGGAUCGUGGUAGACAGUGAGGUGGGUGCAAGAGCGAUCGACGACGCUUUGGAAAACAGUGGCAUCGAGGACCCGAUCACAACAUUGAUCGACCUUGAUGUGGGAUUACAUCGAACGGGCGUGCAACCAGGAGAGCCGGCACUGGAGCUCGCGAAGUUUGUGCAAAGCUGCAAACACCUCAACCUAAUUGGUGUGCAAGGAUAUGAGGGACAUCUGCAACAUUUGCACGGUCAUGAAAAGAGGAAGCAGCAAUGUUUGGAGUCAAUGGCGAUCCUCACUCAAACAGCAGAAGCAUUACGCAAAGCAGGACACAAUAUCGAAGUUGUGACCACUGGCGGAACGGGUACGGCGGAAUUCUGCGUUACGGUCCCGGGUGUUACAGAGGUACAACCGGGAUCUUUCCUCUUCAUGGACACAGACUACCGCAAUGCUGUUGGUUCCUUUUACCAACACAGUCUCUUUAUCUUGUCAACCAUCCUCAGCAAACAAGGCCCCAAAAUCAUCACCAUCGAUGCUGGAUUGAAGUCUUUGACGACAGAUAGUGGCUUCGCAGAGUGCAAGACGUUGGGAUAUACAUACGGCGUACUCGGAGAUGAGCACGGGUCGCUGAGCUGGGAGGAUGAUGCGUUGGAGCUCAAGAUUGGGGACCGCGUUGAAAUGGUUCCCAGCCAUAUUGAUCCGACCAUUAAUCUCCAUGAUUUCUACUACGCACACCGUAAUGGCUUCAUCGAGGAGAUCUGGCCAGUCGAUGCAAGAGGAAAGGUGCAAUAA